AUGAAAGGGACUAUGAAUGAUUCGCUUUUAAUGAGCAAUAUUCAUAGCAAAUUAGCUGUAAAUCAAUCAAAUGUUGAGGGAGAAUGCUUAAUUGAAAAUAUAACUUUAUUGAGAGUUAAAAAAUUAAAACUCAUAUUAGCUGCUUUUCUUUCUCUCAUCACUGCAGGAUUAUUUCUUCUCCUACUAAGAUGGUUUUUUAAGAUUAGAAAAUCUUUUCUUUACAAAGACGUUAAUAACAUCAAGGACUGCACUCAUGUGUUAGUUGAUAACUCAGAUUAAACAAAAUCAAUUCAAAAGCUAGAAAAAAUUUUGCUGCAGAUAGAAUAAGUAGAUAACUCAUAAUAAGAUGAAGUUUACUGCUUUGAAAAUAGAAUGAUAAAAUACAUAUAUUAUAAUGUCUAAGAUUAUCAAUAUUUUUAAGCUCUAGAAUACCCUGUGUGCAAAAUGACAUUUAACGAAUUAAAAGAAAGAAAUUUUUUAGAUGAAAACCAGGCCAUUGUAAACAAGCAGGCAUUUGGUCAGUGUCAAAAAUUGAUUGAUGUUCCCUCCUUACCUUAUUAUUUAUUCAAAGAAAUGACUUCUCCUUUCUACUUUUUACAAUAUAUAAGUAUAGUUCUAUGGGUUUUUGAAAGCUAUAUCUAAUUUUCUAUAAUUAUUUUCAGUGUCUCCUUAUCAAUAACUAUUUUAAAUUAUAUCUUAAUGAGAAUAUCACUAAAAAAAAUAUAAUAAAUGGCUCAUUAUAGCGAAAAUGCUACUCUCCUUAGAAAGGAUGUUGAAUCUUCUUUGAGAGAAAGUAUCAGAAUUGUUUAAGUUGUGAGCAAAGAUAUUGUAGUUGGAGACAUCAUUAUUUUACAGGAUAAAUAAAUUCUUCCAUGUGAUUGUGUUCUUAUUUCAGGAGAAGCCUUAUUAAAUGAGGUCUCUUUAACAGGAGAAUCUCUUCCUAUUCCUAAAUAUUCUCUACCAUCUACAAAUGAAAAAUUUUCUUACAACAAAAAUAAUAAGAAGUAUAUUUUAUAUGAAGGCACAGAAAUAUAUUAGUCCAAGUCAGAUUAAAAUAAGUAGGUUCUAGCAAAAGUUAUCAGAGUCGGAUUCCAUUCAUUUAAAGGUUAGAUUCUAAGGUCAGUGUUAUAUCCUAAGCCAAUAUAGUUUGAUUAUUACAAAAAUUCUAUGAAAUAUAUACUAGGUCUUCUUGUUAUUGUUUUAAUUAUUUAUUUUAGCAUGAUCUAUAGAAUGUAUUAGUUAGAUUUUCCUGUUUAUUUCUACUUAUAUAGAUUCUUUGAUACUGUCACAUGGAUAAUACCACCUUUCUUACCUAUUUUUGUUUCUCUAAGCUAAACACUUGCUUUGAUGAGGCUAAAAUCGUUUGAUAUUUAUGGAAUAGAUCCAUAAAAAACAUUUAUUUCAGGGAAAAUUACACACAUGUGUUUUGAUAAAACAGGGACUCUCACUUAGAAUGGUAUGAAUGUAAUUGGAUAUUACAAUGAAAAUUUAGACUAACUAAUAACUCAUGAGCUAGUAUAACAAUUAAACAAAUAAUAAGACUUGCAACAUAACCUUUUUAGUACAUGUCAUGGAGUUUAUUUGGUAAACGAUAAUUUAGUUGGGGAUAUGUUAGAUGUUGAGAUGGUUAAAUUUUCUGAAUACAAUAUAUAGAAUGUUGAAAAUGAUAUCAAUAUAAAAUUCAAAGGAAGUCAUCCAAAAUUUAAAAAUGAACUGCAAGUUAUAAGGAUGUUUGAAUUUUCAUCUGAUAUUCAAACUAUGUCUUGUGUCGCUUAUGAUUCUGAAAAAAAUUAAUAUCAGCUUUUUCUAAAAGGAUCUCCUGAAAAAGUUUAAGAGCUAUGUGACUAAUCAACUAUCCCUAAUAAUUUCUAAUCUCUUUAGAAUUCUCUUUCAAUAAAAGGAUUUAGGAUAAUUGCUAUGGCUCAUAGGUAGUUGAAUUCCAGAGAUGAAGGAAAAUAGAGCCCAAGAGAAAGCUUAGAAAAGUAACUCAAUUUUCUUGGAUUUUUAAUUUUUGAAAAUAAACUGAAAGAUGACACUUCAGAAGCUAUUUAAAGCUUAAAAGAAGCCUAAAUUGAAUGCAAAAUUAUUUCUGGUGAUAAUCCUCUGACUACUUUGUAAGCAGGAGUUGAAUGUGGAAUACUAAAUGGUAAUAAGAAAAUUUACUAUGUCAAUAUAGAUUACUAAGAAUUGAAGUUUUACUUAAUAGAAAACUAAUAAAUUUUACCUUACUAGCAUGAAAGUUUAACUAAAAUUUAAACUCUAAAACUAUUACUCACAAACGAUGAACAACUUGUAAUUACUGGAAAAGUGCUUGAUUUCUUUUAUAAUUAAAUUAAAUAAAUUAACAACAUAAGCCCUAUCUAACCCCCAGAAUCAGAUUCCUCCCUUGAUGAGUGGGCUUCUGAGAACAAAAGCAUUAAUAAUUCAAAGCAAAGCAGAACCUCAAACAAAGUUGAUUUAUGUUAGUUAUUAAUUCAAAAGACAAUCGUUUUCUCAAGAAUGAGGCCUGAGUAGAAAAGAAUUAUUAUAGAAAUAAUAUAAAGCUCAGGUAAAAAAGUAGGAAUGAUUGGAGAUGGUUCAAACGACUGUGCAGCUAUUAAAUAAGGAGAUAUUGGUAUUUCUUUUGCUGCUGCAGAUGCAGCUUUUUCAGCUCCUUUUUCUUCGAGCAAAGACUCAAUAAGUUGUGUUGUGAGAGUAUUACUAGAAGGUAGAUGUACAAUGACAGUGAACAUAGAAAUAUUUAGGACUAUUGUUACUUAGAAUGUAAUGAAGUAUAUUGGAGUUAUGGUAUUAUUGUAAGAAGCACAGAAUUUUGGAGGUUUUUAAUAUACAUAUUUAAGUUUUAUGUGUGGAAUGCCUUUGUUAGUAUUUUUAGCUUUAAGUAAGCCUUCAAAUAAAUUAUAACCUUACACUCCAGAUGAUAAAUUUUAAGGAUUGUCUAAUUGUCUUUCAAUGUAUUCAUAAUUUAUCAUUUUCGGGUUUGCCUUUAUCAUAGGAUAUUUUAUUCUUACUUCCUAAAACUGGCAUGUAGCAACUUCAGAGUUAGAAGAAAGCAACGGAUUAAAGAUCUAUGUUAUGCAAGGAGAGCUAAACUCAAUAAUUUUUCUCAUGAUAAACGUUUUUUACAUGUCAUCAUGCUUAGCCUAUUAUGUCUCCCACCCUUAUAAAUAACCAAUAUAUAAAAAUAUUUUCUUAUUUCCUUGGAUUAUUCUUUCAAGCAUUUAUGGAAUUUUGGUUAUUAUAAAACCUGAGUACUGUUUGAAUGCCUUAAACAUUGCUAGUAGUAUCUAAGAUCAUACAGUUAUCCUCUUAAUUAUUUUAGCAACAGUGAUUGCUUCUUCAGGAUUAGUUCUGAUCCUUGAAGAGCUAAUUAUUAAAAAAUAUUUUGGCCCUAAAACAAUAAAACAAAUUGUUUGA